CCCUACACUAGAUUUAUCAUGGCGCGCAGUUGUUAAAUUUCGAUAUUUUGCGAUCGUUGUGUUUUCGCUUCGAAAGGGAAAAAAAUAUCAUACAAUAUUUACUAAUAAUAUCUUCAGAUCUAAAUAGAGUUUAUAGAAAAUAUUCACCAUGAGUUACAGGGAUUCGGUAUUAUAUCCUCGGUAUUCCCGACGUCAAGUUACUUAUUGCGAUUACUCACUAUUCCCAAGAACUCAUUCAUACUGUGCGGCUAAAGAGCAACGUGUAGGAUCCUACAUAAGGACCCUAAUGAGUUUUGGCUCAUCGCCGUCAUCCGUGCUCAGUUCGCUAUCGUCGUUCCGCAAUCGCCCAUUCGCGGAUAUCUCGUAUAAUCCCACUCCGGAUCUAAAUGAAGUCUAUCCGGGCCUGUAUGUUGGAGACGCGGUUGCCGCAAAGGACAAGGCAUUUUUGAGGCGUAUGGGCAUCAACUAUGUGCUCAAUACCGCUGAAGGCAAGCGCUACACCCAGGUGGACACAGACCACCUUUACUAUCGCGACUGCCCCGGACUUCGCUACAAAGGCUUCCAGCUUAUGGACUUGCCAUCGACUGAUAUUUCAAGAUAUUUCCACAUAGCUGCCAACUUCAUUGAUGAAGGAAUUUCGAGUGGAGGACGCGUUUUAGUUCACUGCUUUAUGGGAGUGUCCCGGUCCGCUACAUGUGCGCUAGCGUUCCUCAUGAUUAAACGCGGGAUGUCUUUGGCCGAGGCCCUGGGCACAGUGCGCUCUCGUCGCGACAUUCACCCCAACGAGGGCUUCAUCCGUCAGCUGCAACAGCUGGACAGGGAACUGCGCCUCAACCGGAUCCGCUGACCCUACCGAAACGGUUCCCUUCAGACCCUCUUCAAUUUCUCAUUAGACGAUGCCGAUAGACGACGACGGGUGCGAAGUCUCGACCGAAGUUACCUCUAUCAUUAUUAAAAAGAAAUGUAAUAUUAAAAUUUCUGCCAAGUUGUUACCAUUUGUAUCUUACUACUGUGUAAUAAGAUCCAAAUGAGGAGUUACCUAACAACAAAGCCACUUCACCAAGGCCGUAUCCAAUUUCGUCUUAAUGAAGAAGUGAAGAGUAGUACCCACAUAACACUUGUGACAUUUACAAGAUUUACACUUAAUUUAUAGUAAUUUAUUUUCUAAUACAUACAGUUAUAUAACAUUAUAUUUUGGCCUAGUGUUAUAAUGGUCUCACUGAAAAGUUAAGCACCCGCAUUUCGCCAAAUAAGCGGGCAAUGGUUUUGUUAGAGAAAUUGAUCACGAAAAGUAUAAUUGUUGAUGAAUUUUAUAACACUUUAUGAAAAUUAUGUACUUAUAGGGUCUGAAAUUUGAAAUCUACCUAUAGUUACCUAAAUGUACUGUAAAUAUUUUGACUGUUGUUUAAUCUGAUUGAGCCAUAAAAGAAUAACUUCAUAAAUAUCGUAAAAAGUAUGAUUAUAAUGUAAAAAAAUGGAAUUAAGCUCACUUUAAAUAAUGUUAAACAAUCAUGAGGUUUAUCGAAUUAUUUUUUAAAGCUUUACGUAAUAUCCAAAGAUCCGAUAUAUUAUUUUUUAUUGAUUUACCAUAAAAUGCCAUAUUUUUAUAUAAUACCUAUGAUAUCACACAGAAUUUUAUAUUUUUGAUUUUGUAAUGAAGUAAUACUGUAUCUGGGUUAUAUUCUCGUGUGCCAUUUUGUUUUGUAUUGAUAGAGAUAUAUGGCUGUUAUUUUUGUAGAAAUGAAGAAAUAAUUUUUAACUCUUGUAAUGUAGAAUAAGACUUUGUCCAGUUUAUAAGAUGUUAAAGCUUCUAUAUAGCUAGUAACUAUUGGUAUCUGACUAUAGUACAAUUGCCUAGCCUUACGGUCAUGAGAUGACUUCAUCGUAUGCAAUAAUGCCUAUAUUCCCAAGAGUAUAUUUUUAUUAAUGUUAAGUUUUUCUUCAAGACUGGCAAUUAUGGCACUUGAGUGACGGCUUUCUGAUAGUAGUGGUAUUUAGCUUAGCAUGUUUGUCAUUGGCUCGUGGACAGGUGUUACACACAGUGAGCACUCAUUGUUCGAGGACUCGCACUAGUUGCCAACACACGUGACAUUUGGCUGCACAUAUGUGUCACUAUUUAAUUCUAUUCUAAUCAUAGUUAUCAUCACAUAGUGCAAUAAAUCAGAAGACCUAUUUUUGUAAUGCAGUUUAUUUAUUUUAGCUCUAAUUAGAAACUGGCACAGUUAAUUUAGCUUGCAGCAUAUCUCCAGUUACAAUGGUUAAAUAUAGGGCUGCCAUCGGCCCAGGUUUCCCGACAGCUAUCCGAAGGGGUCAAGGAGGGGUUUUCAAAAGCUAUAUUUAGCCGCAUAUAGCGAACUCUGAAAGUGCAAAAUAUAGCAAAAAUAUGAAUGCAAGAAUAAAUGUAAACUAUCCUUAUGUUUCUAAUUGUGUAAGGCUCAUUCAGGAUCGGCAAUUAUCCUAGUUGAUGGCAUCCCUACCUACAGAGGAACAUGUGGUUCGGUAAAGGUGUGGUUUGUGACUGAUGAUGAACUAGUCGAUGUUUAUAAGUGCAAUAUUUAGAUGUAAAGAGCACCAAAGGAAGCAAUCAUUGUGAUAUUGAAUGUGAAGGAAUAAAUACUUUGUUUUAGAAAGAGAAAUUAUUGUAGUUUGUGACAAUAGUAUCUACUGAUCAUAGUUUCUAUUUAUUAGCAAUAUAUUAAUAUUUAAUAGGAUAAGCUGUUAAUUACCGUUAUAAACUACUUUGGUUAAUUCCAGAGCCUUGCUAGUAAACAAAAUGAUAGAUGAGGCAUGUUUCCCAUAAUUCAUUGUUUCUAUGUACUGUUUAUCAAACGUUAGUUUGCUACAUUAUUUAUUACUUACAUGAUUUAUCAUAAUUAAUUAUAGAAUUAAAAUCGCAUGUAAUAUUUUAAACCUAUUAACAAAUAUGUACCUGUUAAAAAUGUAACAGAUAUUAAAACUAAUUAAAGGAACACUAGGGCUAUGGCGUAAAUACCUAGCAUAUUAAUAAUUAAAAUUGUGAAAUGAAUAUACAAGCUAUUUAUCAAAAAUAAAGUUACUUAUUUAUUUAAA